CUAAUUAAAGCACCUGCCGGGAAGAGGGGAUCGGAACCUGGAGCCCGGGGAAGGUGGAUCUCCCGCAUCACAAUAGAGGACGACGAGGCAGCCCGGACCACCGCCACGAGCUGUGCUGGAGCUGCAGGAGGCGCCGCUAGCAUGUGUGCUGUACAAGUAAAGCUGGAACUGGGUCAUCGAGCCCAGGUUAGGAAGAAACCAACACUUGAGGGUUUUACCCAUGAUUGGAUGGUAUUUGUCAGAGGACCAGAGCACAGUAACAUUCAGCACUUUGUGGAGAAAGUUGUAUUUCACUUGCAU